AAACGGUCCCCAGAAGAGAUUGUCACGACACUGCUAAAAUAUAAACGGUCAUCUGAGGAGAUUCUCACGACACUGCUAAAAAUGUCUGCUCAUUCAGAGCAACUAGCAAGUUCACAACUACUAUACCUCUUCGUUCUCUGGCUUAUACCUUUAGCUCUAACAAUCUUCCUCAUCAAACGCCUCUUUGCAAAUUCAGUUAGCCACCGAAACUCACCACCUUCUCCGUCCAAACUGCCAAUCAUCGGACACUUGCAUAAACUAGGCUUAUAUCCGCAUCGCUCUCUGCAAAAGUUGGCACAGAGACAUGGACCACUCAUGCUGCUACGCCUUGGUAGCGUGCCAACGCUCAUUGUCUCGUCUGCUGAGGCAGCUCAAGAGGCCUUAAAAACUCAUGACUUAGCCUUUGCAGAUAGGCCUAGAUCAAAGCUUAACGAAAAGCUGUUGUAUAAGUAUAAAGAUGUUUCCUCUGCACCUUAUGGAGAAUACUGGAGGCAAAUGAAAAGCAUAUGUGUCAUCCAGCUUUUGAGUAACAAGAGAGUUUACGAUAUGAGGAGAGUAAGAGAGAAUGAAACAGCCCUCCUGGUGAAGAAGAUUGCUGAGUCCUCUCCUUCCGUAGUAGACCUGAGUGAUUUAUUGAUGGCUUACACGAAUGAUGUAGUUUCGAUGUCAGCCUUUGGGCAGAAGUUCAGCGAGGGAGAGAGUGGGAGGCAGUUGAGGAGGUUAAUGAAAGAGUUUGUGAGUGUAUUAGGUGGAUUUGAUAUUGGAACCUACAUUCCACGGCUUGCAUGGUUUAGUAGUUUAUUGGGUAUCUACAAUAAAGCGGAUGCUGUUGCUAAAGAGUUUGAUGAAUUUCUUGAAAGAAUAGUUGAUGAACAUGUUGAUACUACGAAAAGAGAAAGAGCUGAAGGCGCAGAGGAUUUUGUAGAUGUUUUGCUUGAGAUUUACAAGGAUAAGAGCAUCACCGGCUAUUCCAUUGAUAGAGAGAGCAUCAAAGCUAUUGUAUUGGAUGUUCUAGCAGCAGGAACUGAUACUACCUACACAGUUCUAGAAUGGGCGAUGACAGAACUGCUAAGGCACCCCCAGGUCAUGGCGAAACUGCAAAAUGAGUUGAGAUCGACUGGCAGAAAGAGAUCUGACAUUAUUGUUCCAGAUGAGUAUGAGAAGAUUCCUUAUUUGGAAGCAGUGAUUAAAGAAACUCUCCGUGUACAUCCUCCAGUCCCAUUAUUAGUUCCACGAGAAGCAAGAAAUGAUGUUAACAUCAUGGGCUAUGAGAUUGUUGCCAAAACCAUGGUUAUUGUGAAUGCCUGGGCAAUCGGAAGAGACCCUACUUUGUGGGAUGAACCAGAUGAGUUUAGGCCAGAGAGGUUCCUGAAUUCUUCUGUAGAUAUCAGAGGCCACGACUUCCAGCUCAUCCCAUUUGGAGUUGGAAGGAGAAGCUGCCCUGGGAUCUCUUUUGCUAUGGUCACUAAUGAGAUAGCACUGGCAAAUCUUCUGCACAAGUUUAACUGGGAACUACCCAAUGGAAUGAAGAGGGGGGAUUUGGACAUGACUGAGACUACUGGUUCGACGAUUCAUAAGAAAGAACCUCUUCUUGCUAUCGCGACUCCAUAUUCUGUCUGACCCGAGCCAAAUCAUAACAUCCUAGAUAUUGAUUAUACACGACCCUAUCUUCCAAAGCUAAACACUAUCUUUUUGUAAUUUUGUACUUCUUUAUGUUUUCUAAUGAUCAUCUUACUAGUAUUGAUGUC